GUCGCUCCCUCACGCGCCCCCUGCUGGGACGCGACCCCCCCAGAGGCAGCGCGCGGCGGGGACCGGCCCGCGGUCACCUCCCCGGCCCCGGCCGCGUGGGAAGGGAGAAGGGACCAGGCGCGGAAAUCCCCGGCUUGGCCGACGUAGGAGGGAGGAGCCGGCUCAGCCCCAGCCUCGGCCCCGCGGCUGCUUCUCCACUUCUCCUUCCGACAGCCGCCGAGGCCCCGAGGCUGCCCGAGCAGCGCCCCGCGCCGGCAUGGAGCUGAGACGCUCUGGACUUUGGUUACUGUUUCUUUGUGCUCUGGGAUUUGUUACUGCAGAGGAAAAUAAGAAAGUUAUCAGCACAAUAGGCAGCACUGCUGAACUGAGUUGCAUUUUUACUCCAGAGGAAAAAAUCAUUUUAAAUAAGCUACGGGUCUUUUGGCAAAUAGAGGAUGGUUUAAAACCGUGUUCAGUGGUACACACCUUUAAUUCUGGUCACGAGAACCAAAGCGAGCAGUGUGCAGACUUCAGAAACAGGACUCGAUUAUUUCAGGAUAAGCUGAAAAAUGGCACUUUUUCUCUGCUGCUGCUAAACGUCAGCCUGAGAGAUGAACACACAUAUCAGUGCAUAAUACAGAAGAAGGACACGGUUUUCAGGGUUAUUCACAGGGCAGAUGUGACCCUCAAGGUAGCAGCCAAUAACAGCCUGCCAGUACUGAGUGGACCUAUAGGAAUCCCCCCAAAUAUUGGAGAAGAGGUGACAUUAAGUUGCAACUAUAGCCAAGGAUACCCAAAGCCAAACGUUUACUGGAUAAAUAGAAAAGACAACAGCUCCCUCCAUCCAUCAUCAUUAAAGAUCAUCCAAAACAACGAUAGCACAUACAGUGUUUUCAGCACACUGAAGAUUGAAGCAACUUCUGAUAUAAAAAUAGGAUGCAUCAUAGAAAAUGAACUACUACAGCAAAAUCUAACUGUCCUCUACUCGGAAAACAUCACAAACUCUAACUCUACCAAAAGCAGUCUGUUAGAGCUAAAUAAACCGGGAGCUCAGGCUGGAAGCGUCCUUGCCAUUGCCGUUGUGUUAGCUGGUCUAGUUGUUUUAACCUGCUGGCUGUGGAAAAGGAAAUCCCCUUACCGGAAAUCAUAUGCAGAUGUUCAACAAAAUGAAGAUGGAGCACAGCACAAUACACACGUUUAAAUGGGAAAUUCUCAGAGAAUUUGGGCAGCUGGUGAUGUACCAAGAGAAUGUUGAAGCUAAGGACGCUAUGUUGAAGCCAAGGAUGGCAGCAUUAUCUGAAACACGAAUGGCAUAGUGUUUCCAGAGCAUGGGCCAGGACAGAUGGCAAAAACCUUCUCUGACAGAGGAGAGAGCAAAAUCCACCUGCUUUAGUCUGCCACUUCUAAUCAGCAGUUGCGCUGGUUUUCAAAACACUCUUCAAAACACCUGUAUGAGUGAAAGGUACAAUGGUACCUUGAUGCUGAAGCAUUGGUUCAGGAAUGAAAGACUGCCAACUGUUAUUUUGUGUCAGUCAAAGAAUGCCCUACUAGGAGAUAAGCAACUGUUUUUCAGCAGUGCUGAAAAUUCUCUCUGCCUUUCAGACUUUUCAUAAUGAUUACUGAACAUGAAAAAUGGCAGCUAGGCAAGUGAAAACUGCAAGACUUUGUGUAGAGCAAACAUCAUUGCCUGUUUUUCUUCUUCCAUGCAUCCUUUCACUGUUUCUGGGCAGCCGCAAUGGUAACACAAAAAUAUCCCGAAGCUUCCAGCUUAGACAUGCAGAGGUACAGGUGCCUGUAGCUGAACAGAACUUCUGAGUAUGAACAUUAGGAAGCCUUAUUUUAUUGCAGUUUAAGUGUGCAUUCUACAUUUUACAGAGUACUCUAUCAAAAAGGGAGUCUCCAUCAGUUGACAGAGCACAGAAAUUACCUGGAUUCCUAGGAAGUGUACAGCACUACCUCAGCACUGUCUGGGCUGAAUUCAGAUCAGCAGUUGCCUGUGCAUAUACUUUGGAGACAGGACAAAAAAACACAGGGUGAUUAUCCUCAUUUUGGCAUGUCAAGCAUCAACCACUCCCUCCCUCUGGGAUACUGGAGGUUUGAAAUACAAUCUUUCUGCACACACUCCCCUCCACCCCCAUAAAAACAGGUGUGUAGAAUGCCAUUUGCCAUUGAUACAGCAAGAACAUCAUUAACGGACAAAGUAAAUGUUUGGUGAAAUCAGGGCCAUCCUUAGGAUUUAUGGGGCCCUAUGCAGUAUUAUUAAACUAGUAACCUACGCCUGACGGCAGCCCGGGCUCACAUGUAUUUUAGAUAAGGGUAGUCUUUUGGAGGAUUUAUUUUAAAAACUAUAUGUCUGAAGAUCCAAGCAUUUAAGGCUAAAGAUGAAUACUCAGAUUGUGCAUCUAAAAAUCUAUGCAAGGAUUUUUUAGAGAUGUGAUUUUAUAAUCUUCAGCAACAUACUAAUGAAAUAUUUUUAAAGCAAAUUUUAACCUAAGGUCCUGUGGACGAACAUGUUCUGAGUAAAUAUUAAAAUAAUGCACAACUGUUUUUGUCAGUAAAUUCAGAAACUGACAGAAUAUACCUGGGGGUUGGCAAAUGCCUGUUAAAUGGCUUCAUUACCACUUGAAAAAAGAAAAGGAGGACUUGUGGCACCUUAGAGACUAACCAAUUUAUUUGAGCCAUAAGCUUUCGUGAGCUACAGCCACUUGAAUGGCUCUUUAACAGUUUCAGUGUUGUGCUAACAGGUCUGGCAGGCUCGAAGGCUUUUUCACUUUUAAGUACUAGAUCCCCUCCGGAGGAAGACUCACCCGGCUGCAGCAGCUAGCUGUGGUGGGAGCCUGCAGGAAGGGUCAGAUUAGAACAGGGAUAGGUAGAGGUGGAAGGGUGGACACUAAGACCAAGGGGUGCCCCAAAUUUUCAGGUUCCCUCCGCCUUGUAUGCUGCAUAUGCCUAAGGACGGCCCUGGGUGAAAUAAAAAGAUGAAAAGACAGCAGAUGCCUGACACUGAAAGCUGUAACUUGCCUGUGCCUAGUGCACAAGGAGAAGUUGAAAAUACGAUCCCUGUAAAGCUGCCAUGGCCAGGGCUCCUGUGAGUGAAAGAUGUAAAAAUCAAAGCAACUAAUUUUUCCCAGUGCGUAGGGUUUUGAAGGAGGCUUAAUUUGCUUGCUUCAGGCACUUUACUCCCUCUAGAUCCAUCUCCAUUCUGAAUUGUACCACCUUUAUGCCAUCCAAAUGAAAGAAUCAUAACCCUGCUUUUCCAAACUAUGCUGGGGAUAUGGCACCGGGUGGCAAUGGUGGGUUAGUGCCCUGGCUUCUCACUUUCAAAUCCUAGUUAAAUUAAAAUAAAUUUGGUGGCCACAUUCCAUCAUUGUGCAUAUUACAAAACCACCCGAUGAUCUGAUCUGAGUGUCUGCUGAAGCAAUAGUUAAGAUUGGGCUAACAAAGCAGUAACUUAAGAACAAGUUAGAUGAACCCCUGUCAGGAAUCCUGCUUGAACACAGGUGGAUGGAAUAGAUCUCCUAUUGAGGUCCCUUCCAGCCCUACACUUCUAUUAUUCUACCAGCAGGUUACAACACCGACCCAACUUUUUGUGGGAAGAUUGCACAGCCUUAGUCUGCUCUAGGUCUAGCCCAAGCUCCAAUUAGCACUCACUUUAAGGCAAACUAGAUCUGCUCUCAGAUUUUAAGAGGGUGGGGAAUGUUUGGAAAGUACACAAUGCUGUAAGCAGUAUGGGAAGAAAAGAGGCAUUUAAAUACUUUGAUUUUUAAAUUGAUUUGUCCAUGAGCUUUAAAGAGAGAGUGAUACGUGUGUGCAACUUCUAAAUAUAUGCAAAAAGAAAAGGAGUACUUGUGGCACUGUUCUAAAUAUAUGUGAGCAAGAGAAAAGCCUGGUAUAUUUAUGACUACAGUAGAACCUCAGAGUUCUGAACACCAGAGUUACGAACUGACCAACGAAAACACACCUCGUUUGGAACCAGAAGUACACAAUCAGGCAGCAGCAGAGACCACCUCCCCCGCCCCCCCCCCAAAAAAAAAUACAGGACAGUACUGUGUUAAACGUAAACUACUAAAAAAAAUAAAGGGAAAGUAGCAUUUUUCUUCUGUGCAUAGUAAAGUUUCAGAGCUGUAUGAAGUCAGUGUUCAGUUGUAAACUUUUGAAAGAACCACCAUAACGUUUUGUUCAGAGUUAGGAACGUUUCAGAGUUACGAACAACCUCCUUUCCCGAGGUGUUCAGAACGCUGAGGUUCUACUGUAGUUUAAAGAAUGUGAAUUUCAUGUUGCGACUAUGCUGCCUGCUAGUCUGUGAUAACAAUGUAAAGGAAGGCAUGUGGAGGGAACACAUGGCACACGAAACUGUUCUAUACAUUGAGAUUUUGUUGGUUGGUUUUUGUUUCUUGUUAUGAAACAAGAGGAUUUGAUGGACAAAAUACGCAUUGCUUGGUCUCUAAGGUCUCUGGGGAAAAUUCGAAGUUAUACUGAACUCUGUUCCUUGAGCGUUUUGAUUAAUCUAGCUUCAGCCUGAACACAUUGCACAAUGGCGUCUUAAACCAGAGCUGUUCAUCCCCAGCUGGGGCUGCAAGCUUGAGGAGUUUCACAAUAUUUUGCAGGCAAGAUUAGAAGGGUGCUCUAAACUACUUCUGAUACCAGCCAUUUUCUUUUUCUUCCUUGACCUAGACAUUGGAUCUUUUCAGCAGUCCAAAGUCUGUCUGUAUUUUGUUUUUACUGACAUCUGGAGAUAUAUUGAUAAAAAGCUAUAGUGUUGAACGAGAUACCCUACAAAUGUGAACAAAAGCUGUAAAUGUAUCCAUUCCUUAAUGGUCCAGUACAACAUCCUGCAGAAGUUUUGUUAUCUUUCAGAUCAGAUAUGGCUGGCUUUACCAGCCCCUAUACCGCUAUCAUGCCUUACACAUAUGUACCUUUUCUAAAAGCACCUUUCUUCCUUUGUAUUCCUCAGUCAGAAAAGGCCACACCUAUUAUCUGGAGAUGUAAGAAAUGAACGUAGCAACUCUUCUUAAUAGUUUUGUUAAGUUAAUUAUAUUUUAUUUGAUUAGAUUACUGUCGUGUGUAGCAAGUACUGAAUGGUGACCACUUGAUUUUGCUAGUUUGAUGUAUUUGUUUGGGUUAUGUCUUAUGUUUUGGAGGCAAAUUCUAGGUUACUAUUAUGUUACAAUCAGUGGGACCAGGAUACAAGACUGACUUAUUUGUUCUUCUGUCCUGAUUAGUUACCAUAUUUAUGGUUCCAAUAAAACAAGCCCUGAUUUA